AUGGUCUCUAUCGAUCUGGACAACAUCAUCCAUUACCACCCUGCCCCCAUGUCCAAGCCCCCUUGCAAACCGCCACAUCUGACUACUUCUUCUCGUGGUUCUUCCCACCCUCCUUCCAAUCAGCCCGUCCUGAUGCAUCCUCUACCUCCGCGACCCCCGUGCCUUUCUCACGAGUCCCCGCAAACUUGUCACCCUCGUCGACAGAGUCCUUCUCCUGCUGUGUCAUCUGUGCGUCGUGAUCGCGACGCCCAUCUGAACGAUUUUGAUAAAGAAUUAGCCAACUUGGAAAUGGCCGAAUUUGGGAGCCAGGAGACUCCCGAAUUAUGCUUUGGAGGCACCGAAGAGACUCAAGCAGAGGACAUCAACGACAUCCAAAGAAAGGAACUGCAUGAUCAACACGGUGGAGCCUCCCACAGCGACGAUCGUUUUACGAACGAUUCAAGGAUCCUCUCAGAGGGCCCUACUACGCCGCAAGAUACCGCCGCCUCAUCAGACUCUCCCGGGACAGACCUUUCAUCAGCAGCCAGUGCACCCACUUGUCCUAUGGAAGCUGAUGGCUCCGUUUCACCGAACGAGCCGUGUCCCCUUCAAGAUCCUACACCCACUGAGCGCAAUGAAACCCAGCUUUCCGCUUUUGGCUGCGAGACAGACGUCAACAUCGUGGCGGCCGGUAAUGUUUCAACUGAUCAGGCCCCAUCGCCUAAUCCCAGCACACCUGUUCCAGCCGAAGAUGAACCAGAGCCUGCGAAUCAGCGGCUUUUUAGGUGGAGUCCUGAAACUGGUGCAGAGUACAGAAUAUCAAGCCCUCUACCGGUCACGGAGGCACAUUCCAUCCAGUUGGACGCGAGGGACCUUUCAGCAACUCGCGACAGCCACCUGGAAGUGCGGAGCGACGGCAACGACAUCCAUUCAACAAAUUGUUGUCCUGACGAUGAAGCGUUAUCAAGCACUAUCUCGCCUAUGCUGCAACAAAAAAAGCAGGCAGUUUCCAGAUCAGAGGGAAAGGAUCCACCAAGAGAUUUAUCUAGGUCGUGCUCUGUAUCGGUUGUUGUGCCUGUAACCCGGUCCCGUGGACUCCCAAUAACAAGGUCCACUAGAUCCCGCUCCACACGCUAUACAGGGAAAAGGCAAAAUCGAGCAAAUUCCGCUUGCACUGUUGAAAGCGAUGAUCCUGACGACAGUGACUAUACGGACGGGAACGAUUCUGGUGUUGGUGACAUCACCAGGUUGCCACGUCUAACAAAAAGGCAGAGACGACCUACUACAACGAAGAUCCAGCCCGCUCAGGCUCGACGUGAAAGCCCGCAUCGCGUGUUCUCCUCGCCGGCCCCGGAACAGGAAAUUGCAAAUCCACGUCCUGCCACAAGUUUGCAGGACAUACAAACCAUUCCCGUCAGAGGCUUUCUCACUCGGCAAACGUUUCUAUCAAGAGUUAUCUACUCGUGCACCUUUCAGGAAGAUAGGCAACCUUCUUGUCCGCAUGGGCCAACCAAAGUUCCCGCUUACGACAAAAACUUAGACAAUACGAGGCACGCCACGCAGUCCAGCAGCAAAAAGCAACCAGCGCGUGCGUCUCGUUUCCUGCCCGAUGAGGACGACCGGUUGAUUGAACUGAAGGAAGAACGAGGUCUCCCGUGGAGUCGGAUCGUGAAACAUUUCCCUGGGAGGACGAAGGGUUCUCUCCAGGUUCGCUAUAGUACGAGGCUCAAGGACCGAGGAACUGGAAGUCCCAGGCAAGGUCGGAAUGCAAGGGCUACAUAUCCUGCAGCUGUGGCCGUGACUCCACAAGAGACAUGCGGUCUACCCUCUAGGUCUCGUAGGACUGGAAAUCACGGGUCUUGA